ACCCCUGGUGUAAACUUACAUAUUAAUGUAUGUAUAGUCCAAAAAAAUGGAUGAACACUUUGAAAAUGCAUACUCUUGCCACAGAAGGCAUAUGAGGCAUUGUUGUGCACCAUGAGGAACCCAGGACCCACUGCACCAACGUAGGCUUUGACAAUCCAAGGAUUUCUUUCUGAUACCUAAUGGCAGUCAGGGUGCUGUUGUAUUCGUGUAUCCACCUUGAGGAAUCACCAGUAAAACACUUCUUUCUUCAAUUAUUAUUUAUUAAGACAUAGACAUAGAAUGAUUAAAUAUUAUCAUGUGCAUGAAUCUCUUUUGUUCAGAAAACCACAGGCUGUAAACCAGUUAGCGGAGUUCACAGAGUUUUAUAUGAGAAUGUGCAGCUAUCUAAAACUGGCUGGGAGAUGCUGCUUGUUUUACAGGCUUUAUUUGUAAUAGAAUUACAUUUCUAUGUAAUUCUAGAAUGUAUAUUUCUUUACCAGGUUCACAUAUGAAGUUUCGCCUGUUUUCCUCCUCAUUGAGGAGGCUCUGCUGAAAAAAAUGCGAAGCAUUGUGGGGUGGGCUGAUGAUGAGGGUGACGGACUCUUCUGUCCAGGAGGCACGAUAUCCAAUCUGUACAGCAUCCUCUUGGCCAGGUAUCACUUCUACCCAGAGGUGAAGACCAGAGGGAUGGGAGCUCUGCCUCGGCUGGCCAUGUUCACGUCAGAACAUAGUCAUUAUUCAAUAAAGAAAUCUGCAGCUGUGCUGGGCAUAGGCACUGAGAAUGUGGUUGUGGUGAAAUGUGAUGAAAGGUGAGUAAGGU